AUGCGUGAGGGACACACGAUUGUCCGCGACGCAGCAUUCUCCAUCCAAGUCGCUGCUGAUAGAGAGACCGCAGCCUUUAUCUUAACAGCGUCCGGGAAGCCAACUGUGACACUCACCGUCUUGGACUUCGAAGUGCCAGUCAUCUCUGGCAUGUCUUGCGUUAUCAAAACAAUACCAGUUGCUGGAGCGGGAGCCACGAUUUACACGGUAAAGCCUUUCGAACCGGCAACAGCAGAAAAGCUGGCCAAAUGUCUGGACAGUCUCCAAGUCGUUGUUCGCAAGAGACUGGGGCUCCCUCUUGCUCCGACGCCGCAGCCGCCGUUGACCCCUCAAGUCAAGGUUGCACCACCCCGGUCACUCAUAUGCGCUCACUCGCCUGAAUCGUCGACUGAGCAAUCGCCUCGUCUUAGAUCGAGGGAGCUAGUUGAGCUGUCUCCACGGACGCCAGUGCAGCUCGACGAGGUUAUCGGAAACAUCAGAGUCCUGGUGCGUAACGCGUACUGCCAGGCCACGGGCUGCUCUGUCCCUAUGCUGCCUGCUGCCUCGCCUGGCGAGCAGCAGCAGCAGGCCGAUGCCAAGCUGUCCGCAUGGCUGAAAAAGGGCAAGCUUGACUCGGACGCGGACGAGACGAAGCUCGUCCUGGAGAAGAUCUUAUGCUUCCUUGGUGACCUGCAGUUCAGCAUGGCGGCCGCGCGCGAGCCGCUUAUGUCGAGCAAAACCAUGGAGGAGAUGAGGACAAUUAGCCCCAGUGCCAAGAGCCAAAGGUAUAGCGCCCCUGAGAUUCUGGAGCUCAAUAAGGUCGCGGUGGUACCGGCCGGGCUGGAAAGCGCCGCCGAGAUAAUCGAGGUCAAGGAGGAGGCGGCGAUGUUGGCGGGAAUGGAUAACGCCUCUGAUGCUAUGAAGCCCGAGGAGACAGCGGUUGUGACGCUGGCGGCGAAGCCCAAAAUGGGGUUGCGGAGCUCUCUCUGGGCGCACAAGUGA